AUGACCGGUCACGAACCCGCGAAGAGAGACCAACGAGGAUUAUCGACAUCAUCGACGACGGGCGGAUGGCUGCCUCGAGAACAAGCUGGAACGACGGACUUAUUGGAACUCGAAGUGAGCGAUCGACGCAUGCGUGAAGGCGGAAAACUGGCUGUCGAACGCGCCAAUGCUCCAGCCAAUACAUCACUCAAAACGUCGAUAUUGGGAAAUUGGACUUUCGGCGCCAUCUCUGGAGUUCAAAGCUAA